AAACGACAGACGCAAACAAAGUUUUCCUUCUUUCUCGUUGGAGUUCACUGGAGCUUUUGCGAGUCUGACUACAGACAGAAACCAUGAGUUUGAAUUUGGAGGAUUACUUUCGGACGGUUUUCGAGUCGAAACUCUCAAUAAAUCCGUCACAGAACGAGAAUGAUUUAAAAUCGAUGGCCUUGCGACAUUUAGAGAAGCGCGCGGAGAGCGCGAGCAUGGACAAAGCACUGGAAGCUCAGAAAAAGGAGUUUGAGAUGGAGCUGGAGAGAGUCAGACAGAAGAAAGAAGAAAUGGCAAAAGAAGAGAAGAAACUGAAAGAAUCUGUACUGCAUUAUGACAAGUUUAUCAAAGAAAAUGACGCCAAACGGUCUCGAGCCAUAAAGAAAGCAGAGUCAGAGAGAGCUCAGACCAGGCAGAAAGAACAGGAGAUUGAAAGGCUAAAGAUGAAACUUGAUGGCCUGUUGGCUCAAAAAGAGGAACUGGAGGCUCGUGCCAAUAAAUCCAGCAUCUACCAACGUUUGAUAGAAAAUGCUGUUAAGCGGUCUGGACAGUUUGUGAAUGCUGAUCAAUUCAUUGCCCGUUUUGAAACACUACGGACAAUGCGUGAACACUUACUGGAAAAACAAAAUGCAAUAGAGAAAGAAACAGAGAGAAGGAGGCUGGAACACAGACAGUACUUAAAUGAACAGAAAUCUCUUAUUCUGCACUAUACCAACACAUUGUACCAGCUUCAGGCACAGCUAGACAGCAUACGUUCGGAAGCAUUAAAAUGGGAAUCAAAAAUGAAGCACAUCCAAUCCACUGCAGCAAAAGAUACACUCCUAUUGGGUCAGAUACUGUACACAAUCCUUAACCUUUAUCGCUUGAUUAGCAAAGAAACUGUGGAUGUUGAGAAUGCCUUUGAGCAGUUGGAAAAGAUUCAGGACUUUAUCCAGAUUCAAAAAGCGAUAGAGAGAGAGAUGAAAUCAGGGAUGCUCCCAUACUCCAAUUCCAUCACAGCAUACAUUUAGACCCAAGCACUGAGGACGUGUAGCCACUGAAAACAGCCAGAUGUGCCAAAGCUAAAUAAAAAAUCAUCAGCAUUUGACCACCCUGUU